GGAGGCCGGCAGAGCCCAGAGGGAAGAGAGAGCAGAGAGAGACGGAGGUCGGAGCAUCCGAAGGCGGACUGGCCAUGUCCCUUCCUCCCCGCGGCCCGGUGAGAUGCCAGGCCCAGGCCCUGGCCCUGGCCCUGGCCCUGGCCCAGCUCCGCCUCCUGCUCCUGCUCCUGCUCCUGCUCCUGCACGGGCUGGGAGAGGGUUCUGCCCUGCUUCACCCCGACAGCAGAUCCCACCCCCGGGCACUAGAGAAGAGUGGCUGGAGGGCCUUCAAGGAAUCACAGUGCCACCACAUGCUCAAACACCUCCACAACGGUGCCCGCAUUACCGUGCAGAUGCCGCCCAUGAUCGAGGGACACUGGGUCUCCACUGGAUGUGAGGUCAGAUCGGGCCCAGAAUUCAUCACCAGAUCUUAUCGGUUCUACCACAACAAUACCUUCAAGGCCUACCAGUUUUAUUACGGAGGCAACCGUUGCACGCAUCCCACCUACACGUUGGUAAUCCGGGGGAAGAUUCGCCUUCGCCAAGCUUCCUGGAUCAUCCGAGGGGGGACUGAAGCCGACUACCAGCUGCAUAGCAUCCAGGUCAUCCCCCACAGUGAGGCUGUGGCGGAGAAACUCAGCCAGCUGGUGAACCUCACCUGCCCCGGGUUCAUGACCGCGGAGAGCCCCUGGGCCCAGGAUGCCUCCUACGACUUGUGGCGGGAGGAGAAUGGUUGUGAGUGCACCAAGGCGGUGAACUUUGCCAUGCACGAGCUGCAGCUGAUCCGGGUGGAGAAGCAGUACUUGCAUCACAACUUGGACCACCUGGUGGAAGAGCUGUUCCUCGGAGACAUCCACACGGACCCUUCCCAGAGGAUGUACUACCGCCCCUCAAGUUACCAACCGCCUCUACAAAAUGCCAAGAAUCACGACCACGCCUGCAUAGCCUGCAGGAUCAUCUACCGCUCUGACGAGCACCACCCCCCGAUCCUGCCCCCGAAGGCCGACCUGACGGUGGGGCUGCACGGCGAGUGGGUGAGCCAGCGCUGCGAGGUCCGGCCCGAGGUGCUCUUCCUCACCCGCCACUUCGUCUUCCACGACAACAACAACACUUGGGAGGGCCACUAUUACCACUACUCGGACCCCAUCUGCAAGCACCCCACCUUCACCAUCUACGCCAAGGGCCGCUACAGCCGCGGCGUGCACUCCUCCGGCGUCAUGGGGGGCACCGAGUUCGUCUUCAAAGUCAAUCACAUGAAGGUCACCCCCAUGGACGCGGCCACCGCCUCCCUCCUCAACGUGUUCAAUGGCAACGAGUGCGGGGCGGAGGGCUCGUGGCAAGUCGGCGUUCAGCAGGACGUGACCCACACCAACGGCUGCGUGGCCUUGGGAAUCAAGCUACCUCAUACCGAGUAUGAGAUCUUCAAGAUGGAGCAGGACGCCCGGAGUCGAUACCUGUUAUACAACGGCCAGAGGCCCAGCGACGGGUCCAGCCCAGACAGGCCGGAGAAACGGGCCACGUCGUACCAGAUGCCCUUGGUCCAGUGUGCUUCUUCUGCACCCAGACUCCAGGAGUCCCCGGGGGAAAGUGCCAUCCACCGAUACGGGAACGGAGCUCCCGGGAGGGAUCGCUACACCGUUUUUCUUCCCUUGAUCGGAUGCCUAUGUACUCUCCCACACUGGAACUUCCUCAGCUAGAAAUCAGCAAAAAUGAAUUUUUGCUAACUCCGACCCCCCUGGCCAUUUGCGGGUUUUCCCUUCCCGAAGAAAAGACGUUUAUUCUCUCGAUGCACUUGACCGCCCCAGAACUGUUACUCCUUUUUACUCGUGCCCCCUCUCUCUGUCCCGCCCCCAUUCCCAAUCAUGAGCUGUGCUCGUUUGAUGUUUCUGCUUUGAACUUUGUCCAGCCUGAUGCCUGGUCUGACAUGACUGCACAGCAGCAAUUGCACUUUAGGACUGCAGACAUUUUUGAGGUGGUUGCUUUGGUAUGUUUCCUAGAGGAGACACUGCUGGGUCGAACUCUGACGGAGGAAAAAGAAGGAUCCAGCUACAGCGUCCACUGCCGUUUUCCCAUCAGGUGCUUCCGUCCCCUCCUCCGAAACACCCUUUCCCUUCGGAAUCCAACAAUUCCGAAUCCUUCUGGGCAGUAUUGGGUAAAGACCGUGGCCCCACCCCUCACCCCCGGGGUCGCCACUAAAGACUUCGGUGUAGAUAUGUAUAUAGGAAGAGACGCAAGGAUUUAUCUCGACGAUCGUAGAGGUUUUACACAGGAGCGAAGACUUGAAAGCCGUCAUUUUUGAAAUGUCGAAUGGCAGUUACCUGUAAUUAAAAGUUUCAAAGGAAUUUAAGCUAA